UCCAUAUAUCAAUCCAUUCUUUCCAUUUUGGGAAAGUUGCUCUUCUGCCAUCCUUCUUCCCCAUCUCCUUAACCUCCAUGGAUGAUCAACGUCUGGAUUUUGGGAAGAUGGGUUAUGGAUGCAAGCACUACAGAAGAAGAUGUAUGAUCCGUGCUCCUUGUUGCAACGAGAUAUUCGAUUGUCGUCACUGUCACAACGAGGCUACGAGUAUGAUGAAGAACCACUUCGAUCGCCAUGAAGUUGUACGAUCUGAAGUGAAGCAAGUUAUUUGUUCGGUUUGCGACACAGAGCAACCGGUUGCACGUACCUGCACGAACUGCGGUGUUAACAUGGGGGAAUACUUCUGCGAAAUCUGCAAAUUCUACGAUGACGAUAUCGAAAAGGGUCUGUUUCAUUGCGAUGAUUGUGGCAUCUGCAGAGUCGGUGGCCUCGAGAACUUCUUUCAUUGCAAAAAAUGCGGAUCUUGUUAUGCGGUUGGUUUGCGCGAUAACCAUUUAUGUGUUGAAAACUCCAUGGGUCAUCACUGUCCCAUAUGUUACGAGUAUCUAUUCGACUCGAUGAAAGUCACUGCUGUCAUGAAAUGUGGGCACACGAUGCAUCGUGAAUGUUAUAACGAGAUGAUAAAGCGAGAAAACAGGUUUUGUUGUCCGAUAUGCUCAAAAUCAGUAAUGGACAUGUCCACAAGGUGGAAGAUGAUCGAUGAAGAGAUCGAAGCAACUAUUAUGCCGGAUGAUUACAGGCAAAAUAAGGUCUGGAUACUAUGUAACGAUUGCAACGACACUACUGAAGUUUUCUUCCACAUAUUUGGGCAGAAAUGCUGCCAUUGCAGAUCGUAUAAUACCCGAACGAUUGCACCGCCCGUUCUACCUCAAGAAUGACCGAAAAUGCUGGUCGUUUCGUACCGUCAAGCGGGUUUGAUUCAUAUAUCUAUAUAUCGCUAUAUAUAUGCGCUAAACAUGGACAUUACCGUACCAUUUAAAUUGCUGGACACAUGAAGAUUGCUUUCAGCCAAUUCUUGCUAAAAACUUCUUUUAGUUGUAAACUACUAUUAUAAGCAUAUGUAUCUUUCGCACUUAUGUUCGUUUUUUCA